UCAGCAGAUUUUUGUCUUCCCUGUAAUCCCUGGGCAGUGGACGCAAGCGUAUAAAAGAGGGCAACGUACUCUGAACCCCACACACUGAGUGAGGCUCGUUGCAGGCAUCGUGUACACACACACCGUCACAUUUCCACUCUGCAAUCAUGUCCAGCGGAGACAAGUCCAAGUCUUCUUCCCAGACUGACGGAAAGGCUGCUCAGGGCAAGAAGUCUGAGAUGGGAAUGAUGUCCUACAAGAUGUACGUGUUCGACCAGGAGAACUUCCAGGGUCGCAUGAUCGAGAUCAGCAACGAGUGCAUGAACGUGUGUGAGCUGGGCAUGGACCGCGUGCGCUCCCUGCGUGUUGAGUGUGGACCCUUCGUGGGCUUUGAGCAGAUGAACUUCUGUGGUGAGAUGUACAUCCUGGAGAAGGGAGAGUAUCCUCGCUGGGACUCCUGGAGCAACUGCCAGAGGAACGACUACCUGCUGUCCUUCAGGCCUGUGAGAAUGGACCCCGAGAAGCACAAGAUCUGCCUGUAUGAGGUGGGAGAGUUCAAGGGUCGCAAGAUGGAGAUCAUGGACGAUGACGUUCCCAGCCUGUUUGCUUACGGCUUCACUGACCGAGUGGGCAGCAUCAUGGUCAGCUGUGGAACCUGGGUGGGAUACCAGUUCCCCGGUUACCGUGGCAGCCAGUACCUGCUGGAGAAGGGGGAAUACAGGCACUUCAAUGAGUACGGUGCCCGUUACCCUCAGUUCCAGUCCGUGAGGCGCAUCCGUGACAUGCAGUGGCACCAACAGGGCUGCUACACCAUGAGCAGCAAGUGAAGCUCGGGAAAGGAGAGAAAGAGAAAGAGCAGAGGUGACGGAGAGGGGCGGAGGAAGAGGGAGCGGGGCAGAGAUGUCUGACGCCUCCUGUGAUCUGAUGCAGUGAGGAGGAAGGUGGAGGAUCUUCAUCUGCCCCUUCAGGGACAUCAUCUCAGUGGACCAGCUGCACCAGGAAAAUCCCCAGAGCAUCCUUCACUCCCCUCCCACUCUUCCUCCUCUCUUCCUCCCCUGUAUGAGACGAGCUCUUCCUCCCUCCUUCGCUUCAUUUUUCGUCCCUUACUUAAAUCUUCUUCACUGUCCUCUUUUACACCAAAGAGAAAUCCCAUCAUCUCUCGCUCUUCUACACACAGGGUGUGAUGCACCAUGGGAAACUGAGUCCCUCCUUGUACCUUCCUCCUUGCCCCCCGACCUCUUACCCUUGUGCAUUGCAUGCUCCCUCUGCUGUAUGGAAUUCUGGUCAGGUUUUCAAUAAA